CCUCGGUCCGCUCGGGGCGGGGCCUCCUCUCGGCUGUCAUGUCUCCUCCCUCCCACCCGGUGACGCUGUGGUGACAUCGCUGCUCCUCCGCGGCCGCCCGUCUGUCUGUCCGCUGACAUCUCGUGCAGCAGGGUCCCCUCGGUGUCGUCUCCUCCGGGUGCAGCUGUGUCCCGGCCGUCUCCCACCCUGCUGCCAGCUGUCUGCCCCCCUCCCCCCCUGCCUGUCCUCGCUCAUUAUGUCCCCUCUCCUGCCCACUGCCUCUCCACCUCGGACAUGAGCUCCAAGAAAGUUUCAGGUAACAGUUCAGGAAAGAAGAGCAAGAAGAAGCAAAGAAAGCACAAGAAGGCCCCGGAGCGAGAGACGGCGGGGGCCCCGGAGGCGCGAAGCCCCAGCCUCGAUAGCCAGAACGGCAUCACUGACCCCAGCCUACAGGAUGUGCCCAUGUCUCCAGGACCCCCUCCCACCCCACCUACCCCAGUGCUGCCACCUCCUGGGCCGCUGGGCUCGGACAAUGAAGAGCAGGAAGAUCCUGUAGAUUAUUGUAGAGGAGGCUAUUACCCAGUUAAAAUCGGGGACCUUUUUAACGGCCGAUACCAUGUCGUACGGAAACUUGGCUGGGGCCACUUCUCAACCGUGUGGCUGUGCUGGGACCUCCAGAGGAAGCGUUUUGGAGCUCUUAAAGUGGUGAAGAGUGCCGUGCAUUACACGGAGACAGCCAUAGAUGAGAUUAAACUGCUGAAAUGUGUUAGAGACAGUGACCCGAAUGAUCCCAAGCGAGAAAUGAUUGUGCAGCUUAUCGAUGACUUCAAGAUAUCCGGUGUGAACGGUGUGCAUGUCUGCAUGGUGUUGGAGGUGCUCGGACACCAGCUACUGAAGUGGAUCAUCAAAUCUAACUAUGAAGGACUCCCCUUACCGUGUGUGAAGAGCAUCAUACGUCAGGUCCUCCAAGGCCUGGAUUAUCUCCACACCAAAUGCAAAAUCAUCCAUACAGAUAUCAAGCCGGAAAACAUACUAAUGUGCGUGGGCGAGGGGUACAUUCGGCGCCUUGCUGCCGAGGCCACCAUCUGGCAGCAGUCUGGAGAGCCUCCCCCUUCAGGAUCUGCCGUCAGCUCUGCGCCUCCUGCACAUCACAACUUGAAUGGAAAAGUCUCUAAAAACAAGAAGAAGAAGUUAAAAAGGCAACAAAAGCGUCAGCAGAAGCUUCUGGAGGAGAGACUGAGGGACAUCCACAACAUGGAGGAGCUAGGCUCUGGCAACGGCUGUUUAGGCACGCCUAUCCCAGACCAGUGUCCGCAGAAUGAGCAGUCGUGGGGCUCCCAAACAAGCCAUGAGGCUGCUGACAACAGGGAGAAUCCUAUCCCAUCCGUCCCUGGCGACAGUGAAGGUGCAGACUCCUCCUUGGGAAGCGGAGGCACCACUUAUCUCGCCCAAAGUCCGCAGUCCUCCGGCACGUAUGAGAACUGCAAUGGGUACAACAGUGGUCCUCGGGGCAUCAGUCCAGAUACCCACACCUCUGGCUUCUCCAGCUCUGCAUUCUCCGCCACCUCAGGGUCCGCCAUAUCUGGGUUCUCUGGAGGACGGGAAAGAGGAAGCCUUCUGUCCCCAAACUUGUCCAUCAAAGCUGCAGAUUUCCUGGUUAACCCUCUGGACCCACAAAAUGCAGACAACAUAUCGGUGAAACUUGCAGACUUGGGCAAUGCCUGCUGGGUGCACAAACACUUCACUGACGACAUUCAGACGCGGCAGUAUCGUGCCUUGGAGGUUUUAAUUGGUGGCGGAUAUGGAACCCCUGCUGAUAUUUGGAGCACUGCUUGUAUGGCCUUUGAGCUGGCGACAGGAGAUUACCUCUUUGAGCCUCAUUCAGGGGAAGAUUACACACGUGAUGAAGAUCACAUAGCACACAUCAUUGAGCUUCUGGGAGACAUCCCCCCACAUUUUGCACUGUCAGGCCGUUACUCCCGAGAGUACUUCACAAGAAGAGGGGAACUUCGGCACAUACAAAACCUGAAGCACUGGGGCCUGUUCGAGGUCCUGGUGGAGAAGUACGAGUGGUCACUUGAAGAAGCCACUCAGUUUUCGGACUUUCUGAUGCCCAUGUUGGAGUUUAUUCCAGAAAAGAGGGCCACAGCCGCACAGUGCCUGCAGCACCCCUGGCUUAACUCCUAACCCUGGCUACAUGUCUGCUGCUCGGGAGGUCUUGGCACGUCCGGCGGACAUCUGUCCUAUAAAGGACCCCAUUCUACAGAUACGAUUUUGAUAUGACUAAUGGUUAGUGGGUACAGAUCAGUCAGUAGGAGAAUCUGCCACCAUCCAGAGAUGCGGUGCCUGCUAUUACUUGGGUUCUUUUACGUUCUGAAGUUGGGGUGUGGAUGGUAUUCUGUAGGGUCCUGUAGUCUACAUGAUCGACACCCAUGCACAUGAAGCUUUACAUAUCACCUCGCUGUGGAGUAAGACACUUUGUGCCUUAUGCCUCAGUUACAUCAUUGGAUCCCAGUGACGAGCUAAACUAAAUGAAUGGUAACUAAACUGUAGCCUAUCCGUUCAUUAGGAAUAUUACCUGCACUGUGCAUCGGGGAUGUCAAGUAAGUGAGUAGGCUGGAUAUACAGUCUAAUGCAAAAGUUUGGGCACCCCUUGUCAUAUUCACUACUGUUCACCAGCUUAUAUCUCUGAUUUAGUGCCAAUGACGGGUGCAAACGUAUAACGCCUUGGACAGAAAUCACAGCCUCCAAACAUUUCCUGUAGCCCGCUAAGGCUAGGUGCAGACUUGUAGCCAAAUUCCAUUUUUCUGUUAAAGCAGGGAUGCUCAGCCUGCGGCCCUCCAGCUGUUACAAGACUGCAACUCCUGGCAUACCCAGGCGGCCUACAGCAGGGCCUGGUGGGAGUUGUGGUUUUACAACAGCUGGAGCGCCGCAAGUUGGGCAUUCCUGUGUUAAAGGAAUUGCCAGAUCUAGCGUGUGCCGGACGACACCGACUGCCAUUGACUAUAAUGGAGUCCGUUGUGUUCCUGACACUCUGGCAGACGAAAUACCACUUUUUUUUUUUAUUUGACGAAAUCUGCAAAGGAGGCUGCCACCGGAACCUCCUCCACAGAUGUGUACCUCGCCAGUUUUGUGUACUUGCUUCCGAAAUGUUUUCCUAUUUUUACUUGCAACGUGAAGUCCAUUCUAGGAGAAAGGAGCAGUUUGACCCAUGGUUUUUCCCCUUCUGCAGCCAAUAGAGAGAUUGAGCCAUUCAUAGGCCAGUGUUUAGUCAGUAUUUGAUCAGUGACUGCGGGACAAGACCAGGAGUGGAGGCUACACAGACAUAAGGUACAAUGGGAAGUUUUGCUCCUGUUCUGCGUUUUUCACCCGCUCCUGGUUUUGCCUCACCUUUGUGGAAAUCACUGAUCAAGCACUGACUUCAUAAAAGUGGCGUUAAAGAGCGCCUGUCAGCAAGAUCCACCAUAUUAAACCAGGCAUACUACCUAGUAGGGUUGAUCCUAACCCCUUCUGACAUGCGCCGUACAUAUACAUGGACGGCAUAUAUCUAGUCUUUAAAGGUGGCACCCACUCAGAAGCUAAGAGGAUGCUGUAGACCCUGGGUGCCUGCUGUUUUACACCGCAGACACCCAGAGGUAACGUCUGUAAUAACGCCACUUUUGGACUUUUAACCUCCUCAGAUGCCGCGGUCAAUUGCGACCAUUGCAUCUAAGUGGGCUUUCUCCAGGAGACCAGGGCUCCCAGGGACAGAAUGGCUCCACCGUACUGUGAUCGAUGGAGUCGUUUGUUUACUGUGGCAGCCUUGUGCCCAGCUAUGUCCCUGUGGAGCUCUGCCUGGCAGGGCUUGAGAGGAAUAUAGAGAAUCUACCAUAGACUGCAGUGGUAAUUCAUUGCAGUCUAUUGGAGAAGUGAUCAGAUGAUCACAUGUUCAAGUUCCCUAGUAUAAAAUAAAGUUAAAAAAAAAGGCUUUGAAAAAUAUAAAAAUUCAAAUCGCCCACCUCGCCUCAUAUUAAAAAUAAACAAAAAAAAUAAAGUUCAUUAGCAUCGCCGCAUCUCAAAAUCCCUAUACUAUUAAAACAUAUCCUGUACGCUGAACGCCAUAACAGAAAAAAAAAAACUCUAAAUGGCAAUGCAAAGAAAAAAUAUUUUUUUUCUAAAGCUUUUAUAAUUUUUUGAGUAUUAAAUAAAAGAAAAACUAUUUAAAUGUGGUAUCGCUGUAAUAAACCCCUUAGCGACCACCAGUACGCCUUAGGCUGGGCCACCACCUUUUUACAGCAAGCCAGUCUAGCAUAGAGCAGGGGCUCGGCUCUCACAUGAGAGCUGCACUCCUGCUUUAACGGCCCAGACUGUCGUGGGCAAUGGUGUCCGCCACAUGUAAGCGGUUACAGAGGGAGCGGACUCCCUCUGUCUUCUUUGUGCACCCUGCAAAUGAAAUUGCGGGGUGCCAAUCUCAGUGCAGGCAGGCCUAGUGAAGACCCCAAGCCUGUCUCCAGCGUUUCCCAGUAGGCUGUGCCUCUCUUACGCAGCCUGCUGGUGAAUGUCAGUAUAGCACUGAUAUUAAAAUUAAUUGCACUAUAGGAAUAGUGCAAGCAAUUUUAGAAGCGAUCAAAAUAUCGCCUAUUUUAAUCCCCUUGUGGGACUAUUAAAUGGUUUAAAAAGGUCUAAAAAAUUCCAAUAAAAAAUAUGCUCUUUUCCAUUAUAAUCACUGCGUCCGUAACGACCUGCAGUAUGCAAUUAUCCUAUACAGUGAAAGAAGCAAAAAAAAGAGCCAGAAUUGCUGCUUUUUGCCACACAAAAAAUGCAAUAAAAACUGAGUUAGUAUGUUCCCCAAAAUGAUACCAGUGAAAACUACAAGGCGUCCCACAAUAAACAAGCCCUCACACGGCUCUGUAGAAAGAAAAGUUAAAGAAAAGUUAUAGGUUUUGGAUGCGACGAUGCAAAAAAACAUUUUUGUCUUUUGAAAAAAAAAAAAGAGGUUUUAUUGCUCUAAAGUAGUAAAACAUAGAAAAAAAAUAUAUAUAUGUAUUUGGUAUAGCUGUAAUUGUACUGACCUAGAGAAUAAAGUUAUAUUUUUAAUGGCGAAAAAUGAUAAUGUAAAAACUCCUUUUCCUAUGCCCUCACAGAAAGUUAAUAAUAAGAAUUAAAAAAACACGCCCCCAUACGGCUACAUGAAUGGAAACAUUUUAAAAGUUAUGGCCCAGGGAAGGCAAGGAGUAAAAAGCAAAGAAACUCAAAAUCGUCAGGUUGGGGAGGGGUUAAAAUGAUACCUGUAUUGUAAAAGUUCUUAUAAAAUAAUCUAAUAAAAUAAAAAAGCUUUUAUUCUUUAUGCACCAAGGGGCACUGAAGCCUUCUUUUGCAUAAAAUAUAAAUGUUUUAUUUCAAGACCGGUAUCCUUUUAAUCAGUAGAAGAAACUUUUACCAAGUGAUAUGCCUGGUGUAAUAGGGUUGAUCCUGCUGACAGGUGUUGUCCGGUAUUAGACAAAGAAAGAAGUGAGCAGCAAAUGUUAUAAAUUAACAAAACCGCCCACACCACUCGCCUCUUCAAUUUUAUGAUGACAUGCCGCGGUUGCAUGUGACUGCUGCAGCCAAUCUGGCCUCCACUGUCACACGCCAGUAAGUACAGCACAUGACUGUUGAGCCCAUUGAUUGGCAGCAGUAGCCACGUGCUGUUGGCUAGGGGCCCUGUAGCAGCUGCCUGUUCUGCCUCUAUAAUAUACGCCAUGCGAUUGUGGAGGCAUAUUGGACCUUUGCAGAAAUCCCCUCCAUGCACAGGUUGUGUAAAGGAGGGCCCAAACAUUUGAAUAAGACUGUGAGGCACCACAGCACUCCAGUAGGUGGUUUGCAGUACUACAACUGCAAUACAUACAAUGAGUUGUAUUAGCAGUCGGAUCCCCAGCGAUCAUACAUUUAUCUGGUGGAUGGGUGAUUCAUUUUGUUUAUGGGCAACCACAUUUAAAGGGAUUUCCAAACCUCAAGCCAAAAUUAAUUGAGGGCUGGAAUGUGUUUAAAAAAAAAGAAAAAACUCUCAGCUCUUCACUGCUGGGAAUCCAGUUCCCACCUCCCACCAAUGGUGGUGAAUAGGUUUUCUUUAUUUAUUUUAAACACAUUCCGUUUUUUUUAUAAAUUUUUGCUUGAGGGUCAGACAACCCUCUUUAAGUUUACAUUUAUUGAAGGUACUAUAUAUUGCAGUUGCAGUACCACCCCAAACCUGUAGGAGUGCUGUUAUUCACCAUACGCACCAAUAUAUAUACUGUAUGUCAAUUACAAGGAUUUUUUUUUUUCUGUAAUGCUAAAGAAGCAUUCUCCGAUCUGUGAGUCAACAGCUAUUGAGAACCUAUAAGUUCCAGUGUGUGGCUCAGCACAGGCUGGUGAAUGCAUGGCAUUAGUGGGGUCAUAUCCAUGUGAAUUCAAAGGCGCCAUUAGAGCAACCAUGUCCAUGAAUAAAAAAUGAGAACAACCUUUGGAUAUCCAUCUAGGUUCAUGCACAGAGGUUGCUUACCAGGAGAGAUGUCUUCCACCCCCCUAGUGGGACACAGGGACUGUUCUAUUUUAGUGUGGAAGGAUCUAAAGGAGAUGUUUGUAUGUAGUGAGAGAUCACUCUUUGGAUACAGAAGUUGAUAUUAUGUGACACUUAUGUUGAUGGUUUCAGAGCGUUUCACUAUAGAUCUAGCCAUCUUCACUGAUCAUGUACAGUAAGUUAUAACAUGUCCACCUAAAAUCCAAAAAUGCACCAGUAAAAAUGGCAUGUUCAUGCAACCACUCCUGAGCACCCAUGCCUCUCCUAGAGGGACUUUAACUCGGUUUUCCCCAGGCUCCUGAAUGACAUGCUUAUCUAUUCUCCUAUACUGCCUGAGAUAUUAAAUGUUUUGCAAAAUGCUGCUAGCAGCUGCCACUAGAUGGAGCUAGAUGCAUAUUUGGAGACAACCUCCCAUAAUUGCAUUGAAAAGUGGUCUUCCAGGUGGGUGGUGUUCUCAGCGAUGACCAGUAUAUUUGGAGGGACUGAAAUCUGGUCUGGGUAAGGGGGUGGUCUUUGGAGAGAUUUUACGAUAUCUAUAUCAACUGAAUCAACUUGCAGGAUAACAGGCCGAACUGGAUGGACAAAUGUAUUUUUUUCGGCCUUAUAUACUAUGUAACUAUGUAUAUCUAAGGGGCAGAAAAAAACAAAGCUAAAAGGGACCCAAGUUGGGUCCAAAUGGACAGAAGGCGGGGCCGGCAAUACCAUAAUGUGGCAGAUUAUACCACCCCAACAGAGCCAAAUACCUUCCCAAAAACUGCCACUGUGGUACCCGGCCCCAGCCACCAGGUUCUGUCUGCCUACUUUCCUUUCCUCAGGAUGGUAAUACAGUUGCGUUAGGUCAUUACUUACCUGGCUGACGACCAUGAGGAGGGCUCAGGUGGCCUCCAGGACAUCGGCCUACCGGGAAGUGGAACAAGUGAGCGCCCUCUAGUGGUAAUUUUACACAGUUCUAUGGCUGUGUGACGUGAGGAGGAGCUCUGCUGGUGGCAUUGUCUUUGGGAGACACACUGCUGACACUGGUUAUGAAGGUUUGGGGGGGGGGGGGGUUGUAUUCAUUGGCAAGGUUUAUGUUGGAAAAAAUGUCUGCCUCCCAUCUCCUACAGGGGUUGUCCGCUUUUUACAACGGGGCGGCUCCUGUCUGUUCAAGUGAAUACUACAGAGCCGUCCCAUAGAAGUGAAUGGGGACGAAAACUUCUCAAUGAAAUUGCUGGGCCGAGCAGAUAAAUGGAGCAAAGAAGGCAGCGCUUGUACGAUCGGCGGGGGUGCUGGGCGUCGGACCGCCGCCGAUCUGUUAUUGAUGACCUAUUCUGAGGAUAGGCCAUCAAUAGUAAAAAGUGGACAACCCCUUUAAAAUGAGUCUUCCAUUAAGAGAAAGGGAUGUAUACCCACAAUAUCCGGUAUAUGCCCUUUCAUGGGGUCUAGAAAAGCUGGGUGACUACUUUGAUGGGAGCUAUGUGAAGAAGGUGUUUAGUUACUGCUGCUUUAUUUUUAGGAUUUUAGGUGGAACUGCCCUUUAACCCAUUGAUCACCAAGCUGUGCCUCUCCUGCUCUUGUGGAACCAGUACUCCCAGCACGCUGAGAGUUGUAGUUUUAUAACAGCUGGAGAACACGGUGGGUUUAACCCAUGAGCUGCCUCCAUUGUGCGCGGUGGGAGGCACACCUACGUCUUGUAUGCUUUGUGGACUAGAGGUGGGAAACCUGCACGUGUGUGAGUCUUAUGAAGACGGAUGUGUGGCUGCUGACGCGGCGGCCAGAACGAGCUGUUUUUCUACCACGAAUCCAAGCGAUAUCUGUAACCAUAUCCAGUAACUAAUUCUCAAAAGUGAUGUCAGUGGUGAAGAAGUCGUCUUAGUCAUUUCUCAGUGAUAGGUGGUGACCCAUUGCCUACACUGGGCACAUUACCCUGGACUCGAAGACAGAUAUAGCUAUUUAUACAGACGCUGGGUCUGUCAAGGCUGCGGCUAUCCUGAGCCCUCCUGAGGUCGGAGGAGGCAAGGUCUAAUCGUAUCGGAAAAACACAUAUACAUCAUAUAUUUCUAAGCUAGAAGAGCAUGUAUGGGCAGUGACCUUCAGUAGCUAUGGGAUGAAUGAUUCUAUGGCCGACCGAUAUCUCUCCUCACCCUCCGAUGCACAUGCAUGAUCGGUUCAGGGGCGAGACCAGAGAAAUACACCUCCGGCUGCGGCUUAAAAAUUGCAGUUUACGUGAUCCUUUUCUCCCCCGACGUCAUCUGUUGGGGGAGAGUCAGGAGCUUUUCACGUGCAUGUUUGGCUGACAGUACACAUAAUGCCUAUGGGGGCCCUUAAAGUCAUGUAGAAAAGUAGAGGGGUAACCCAUUUUCUUCCUUACCCCCACCAUUGACUAAAGUUUAGCAUGGGCUCUCUUAGUUCCACUGUCUUUGUAAAACGGCUUACACAUUUAGAAUUCUUCCUGUUUACGGAUCCUAUUGCAGUCUGCAAGAUCUGUCAGUAAUAAAAAUAAAUAAAUGUGUGGGCUACGGUAGGCGUUAUCAGGAAAAAGAUGUUCGGCCAUUUAAAGGGGUUUUCCAGGAGUUUAAUAUCGAUUGCCUAGCAACACGAUAGGUCAUCAGUAUCUGAUUGGCGGGGGUCCGACUCCCUCCGCUCCCGCUUAUUAGCUGUUUGAAGAGGCUGCGGCGCUCUAGUGAGCGCUGCAGCCUUUUCCUAGGCCAGUGACGUCACAUUCAUUGAUCAAGUGAGCGGGCCCAAGCUGCAGUACCAAACACAGCCACUGUAGGGCGCUGUGCAUGAUAAGCUGCAAGGUGGACUCCGCCUUCACUGUAACAGCUGAUCAGUGGAGUGUUGCUGAGGAUAGGACAUUGAUAUCAUACUCCUGGAAAACCCCUUCAAUGUGCUGAUCCUCUUUUAUAAUCUGGGGUUAAGCAGCACUGUAAGGGUCCGUUCACAUGUCCACAAUUUCUUUACCAUGCAUUUCCUUCUUUACUAUCAAUGGCGGCAUAGAGUUAGUUUUACUAAAUGCAGAGCACAGCUUAAUGUAGAUUAAUGAGCGCUGGGGGGGGGGGGGGGUAUAGA